AAGCCUAAAUGCAUUGGACACCACUAAAACUCCCAGGUAACAGCAGAGGACAAGAAAAAGGACAACAGCAUCGCCAACGAUACGGUAGAAGUGAAGUCAACUUCAGUGCCUGACAAAGAGAGGCUGCAGACAGCCAAAGAGUCCAGCGGUGCAUUGCUUUUGUCCCAGGAUGCAUUAGCAUCAGACAAACCCCCGCUGCUGGAGACCUGGGUGGACCUGCACAACUUCACUAAAUGCUUCCAGACACUGUUGGUUUUUCACAAGCCAGAUACUUAUGCACAUCAGUGUAAGACAUCACACUUUAAGAACUCCAUAUCCUCUCGGCUGUCUGCUGCUGCAUUGUCCAACGCUGUGGCCUCCACCCACUCCAUGUCCGCUCAUGCUAGACAACCUGAUUCAACUGCAAUUGUUCAAACACAGUCUGCAGAUGGAAAAUGUACUCACUUCCUGUUUGUAGAUAGCCUGUUACCCACAGAAAUUGUCAUUGGAUUCUCAGCUUUGGUGCACUGGGGAGAGAGUGUGGAAGACAAAAAGGAGUCAUCAGCCAGGCCUGGUUCUCUAACGGCCAAGCCUUUCUCGUGGAAGAGCAUAGUCUCUGAACUCCCUGUGGUGCAGAUUCAAACUACUGCUAGUAAAGCUGUGUUGCUUUCUCUUCCUCCAGGGCGUCAUGUUCUUCAUGUGCACACAAGUGCUUCAUUGGCUGUCCACCUACAUCUAUUCAGCAUGUCUCCUUUUGUUUUUGGUGAUGAGGAGACUGUUAUGCCACACCUUGACAAGGAGAGUCUGAGGUUCUGUGAGCAGGCUGUAAUGAUCAUGAGAUCCCUGGGUCGAGUGAUCAGCUGCUUCUCAGAUCCAGAGGAACUACCAUCAACCACCAAAGAACUUGAGAAGACCCAUGGUGUAGGCAUACAGCAACAAAGGGUGUUCAAUGAAGCUGUGUAUCAUAUGUUUUGCUCUGCUCUGGGGCGGAAACUGACCACUGAGGAGCUGUUUGCGGUACAGACUCUGACAGGAGACCCAUCGCCACAUGGCAGCAAUGAUAAAGCCUUGGAAUGCACGAUCAGUCUAAAGAUGACACUCCUGAGCGCUGGAAUGGGCAGGCAGGCCACAGACAAGGAAAAUGCCAGGCCGCCACAGUGUUGCAGGCAGGUUGGAAAGGAUACCUAG